GACAGAAAUUCAGAGGUAGAAGAACCAGCAAACAUGACAGCUGAAGAGGCUGAUGAGAUGGUGAGCAAGUGUGAUGGAGGUGUGGAGGCAACCCUGGAGUAUGCCAAGAUGUGGUGCAAAUAUGUCAAGGAACUCCUGAACUGGGUGGACAAACGUCUGAAUUAUGAGACUGAGUUUGCAAAGAACAUUCUGAAGAUUGCCGAAAUGGGCAGAAAUGCCGUUAAACAGCAGAACUAUAUGCCCCUGCAGCAGCUAUACACUAUGGUUAUGGAGCACGACAUAAAAACAGGAAAAGUAGCCAUCGACACUGCGGGAAUUCUUCAAGAGAGGGAAUACUACAAGCCUCUUUUGGCCAAGAGGAAUGAACUUGAGAAAUGGAGAAAGGAGUUCAAAGAUCAGUGGCAGAAGGAGCAGAAGCGGAUGAAUGAUUCCAUUUGCCGAAUGGACAAAUCCAUCCACUACCUUCAGCGCAGCGAAGACCUGGAGAAAGCCAAAGCGCCAGAGUGCAAGCGGAAAAGUGCCAGAGGCACUGUGGUGGUAACAAGCAACUGGAAAAACGACGUCGCUAUCAAGGAAGCAGUUAAAGGCUCAGGAAUCGGAAGUCAACUAUAGAAGCUGCAUCUGUGAUGCCAAAACUCGCCAGCAGGAGCUGAAGAAAGUUAGGGAGAGAAUUGUCUCCCACAUCCGGAAGCUGGUGUACCAGGGAG